AUGGAUCGGCUUAACCACGAGAAUAUAUUCUUAGAAGAAGGAGGCGAGCAGGAGCAGGAGCAGGAAAUCUUAAAUAAUGCCCAAGAAAACACCUCUCAUUUAUAGUAAAGUCUAAAUAUCCAAAUGCUGGUAAAAUUGUCGAGACUCUCUAUGAAGAGAAAGACUGUUUGAAAAUUCUCUUCAGAAUAAAGAAGCUUGAGAUUCAAGUCAAGUACUUAUUGAGCAGAGAUGUCAAUUAUGUUGAACUUCAAAAACACAAGCCUCGUUCUCGCCCAGCUCAGCAAAAUAGAAGAUCAAAUAUUCUAAGUGAAGGUAAACCAUUUUCUAAAAGAGAGAGUGUUAAAGAUGAUGAUCUUGAAGAUAAAGAAGAAUUAAAAUUUGAGAGAAUAGAUGACUCAAUCCACCAGUUAGUUGAUGAUCCUCCAAAUUUGUUGAAUAUUGAUUUAAAGAAAUCAACUAGCAUCACUAAUAAGCAUUCAUACGAUCAAGCUUACAAGAACCCAGCUAUAAAUAGUCAGAUUUAAGGGUGAUUCAGAGAACGAAUUGACCCAACAAAAACACUUUCUGAGAAAUCUGAAAGACAAGAAGACCCAAAGCAUACCUAGACCAUUGAUAAGUACAAGCAAAUCUGUAUCGAUGAUGUUCCACAACCAAAAUCCUUCCUCUGAGAGCAAAGGCAGAAUGACGAAAUACAUGUUGAACUUUGAGGAGAAAUAUUUAUAA